UUACAUCGUUUCCGUGCUAUUUACGAUCGUAAAAUUAAAUAUUGUGCUGUAAACUCAGUGAAAUAUAAAAAAAGUGGUGAACAAACAAUGAAAUCAUAACAUACAGUGUGGAUAAAACCUAACAACGUCUAGAAAGUACAAAAAAACAGUGAAAUACGGCGGUUGUGUUUUUUUUACUUUUACAGUGCGUUUUACGCAUAUACACCGAAGAAACAGAGAGCAAGGAGAAAAAGACAAGUACCAGAAAGGCGAAACGUGAAUAUUAACUUAAUCGUAGAUUAUUUUACAUAAAAUUUAGUGAAAAUAUCAAAUUAUCAAAAAAUAAUUAAAUAAUUUUCAAGACUACCCCAAGAAACUAACGCCAUCUGUUGAAAAUCUUUGGAAGCAAAUUGACAACUAUCGAACUAAUUGAUAUAAGGUAACGGCUAGUAUCAUCCACAAACAGCUAGUUCAAUAAAAAUCCACGAGAGGGCACCUGUAAUAUCAAAACAAACCUGAGAUUAUAUUUAAAACCAUGGAAGACAUUAUGGAUGCACUCCGUAAAAUCCAGAGCGAGCUCAACGAACAGAAGAUCACUAUCAAAGAAAGCGGAGAAAAAGUAACAGCAGCAGUAACACAAAAUAUUAACGGUAUAUUAGAUGAAAAGUUUAAAAUUUUAGAUGAAAAAUACGAAAACCUAAAAGAAAAACUGGAAAAUCAAGAAAAACGGAUUUACUACCUGGAAAAACAGGCACGAAAAAAUAAUAUUGUAAUUUUUGGUCUCGAAGAAACCGAAACAUCAUAUGAAACGUUGGAAAACAUCAUAAUCAACUUUGUAAGGGAAUAUUUUUCUUUAGAGCUAGAUCACAGAGAUAUCCAAGAAAUCAAGAGAAUUGGCAAUAAGGGAGAAAGAUAUCGACCAAUAAUUGCUACAUUUACCACACUUGGAACCAAAAUUAAAAUAUUUAAACAAAGAAAAGAGGCCCUAAAGGAUACUACGUACUAUAUAACGGAAGAUUAUCCGAAGCAAAUACUAGAGAAGAGAAAAGAGCUGCAAGAGCAGGCCAAACUUGAGAGAGAAAAAGGCAAUAUAGUUAAGAUUAAAUAUGAUAAACUUGUCGUACAAGUCAAAAACAAAACUACGAGCAACAAUAAGAUACAGCUAACAUUAUCGCCCGAAAUACCCAUACACGACGGAACAAAAGUUCAGGCCAACAAGAAAAAUAAGCACCAUACAUCAAUUAAAAGAACUUCCAGCCUGACUGAAGGAAUUGUGAAGCCAAGCAUGCUUAACUUUCUAGUAAACAAAAAUCAAAACAACAUGCCUAGCUCACAGCAAAAUACUAACGACAACUUAUAGCAACUAACGCCCCCCUCCGACAUAGAUAACAUUAAAAAAAUAACAAUUAAAACCAAACCACAUCUUCCAACCCGGCUGGUCACCGUGGAAGAUCAAGACCAUAACCCUCUAAAGAAGAGUUCCCAAUAUAUAUCAACAAUACAAGAAGUAACAGAAACACAAGAAAAAACGAAUUCUACGAAAAUAACAAAAAAUGAGAUCUACUUACUAACUUAUAACGUCCGAACAUUAUCUACUCACGAACGUUUAAUUGAACUGAGCGAAGCAAUUAAAUUAAUAAAAUACGACAUAAUCGGUUUAUCCGAAAUUAGACGUAUGGGCACCCAAAUAGAAGACCAUAAUAAUUUCAUAUUAUGCCACACGGGCCAGACACCCGGUAAAUAUGGAGUCGGAUUCAUAAUAAACAAAUCUCGCAAGGAAUGGAUUGAAAGCUUCUCUGGUAUUAGUGAUAGAGUAGCAUUAUUAAACUUAAACAUUCAAGGAAGAGUCAUAUCUAUCAUACAGGUGUAUGCACCAACUGAAGCAGCUUGCGAGGAGGAGAUAAACACCUUCUAUACGAAUGUUAACAAGGCCAUCGACCAAGCAUAUAAGGACUACUUAAUUAUGGGUGAUCUAAAUGCAAAAAUAGGACAACCACGAAAAGAAGAACGCUUAAUAAUGAAACCAAACGGCUACGGCGAAAGAAACCAGCGAGGCCAGAUGUUAAUUGACUUUGCCCUUGAACAUAAACUUGCAAUUUUAAAUACUUUCUUUCCUAAAAAACCCAACCGAAGAUGGACCUGGCGAUCACCGAACGGUAAACAUAAAAAUGAAAUAGAUUACAUACUGUCAAGUCAACCUUACCUUAUUAGAAAUAUAGAAGUUUUGAACCUAAACUUUCCAUCGGAUCACAGAGCAGUCAGAGCAACCUUAAUCUUCUCGAAACAAAAGCUAAAGCGAACAGGUUACCAUAAUAAUAGACAUUCAACACUUAAAACUGAACAAGAAAUAGCAAAUUAUAAACAAAAUAUUUUAUCUCACUUACAAGAUUUAAGUAAUUGUCAAGGGAACACAUCAGUACAAAAUUAUUAUAACAUUCUUACAAACGCUAUAUCCCAGAGCUUACAGAAUGCUCGAGUAUCUAACGAAUCUUCAAUAAGCACUCAUAAAGUUUUAAAUGAGCGCACACUAGCACUUAUCAAGAGAAGACAAGAACUACAUCGAACUAAGACCAAGACUCGGGCCACAAGAAACGAACUAUCAGCUCUCUACAAGCUAAUAAGCAAAUACAUAAAAAAAGACUAUAAAACUUACAGAUCGCAGAUGAUCGAAAAUCACUUAAAACGAGCGGGAAGCACGAAAAAAGCUUUUAAAGAAUUAAAAACGUAUAAAUGCUGGAUAGACAGUUUAAACCGAGAAGGUAAAGCCGUAAAUAAUCGAAAAGAAAUAAUAGUGGUAGCAACUGAUUUUUAUAAAUCCCUAUACAGUGACCAGGUAAAAGAGAGUACUAGCCACAUUGAUGUAAACUCUACCAUACUAAAAAAGAGUGGACAUAUAACACCAAUAUGUGAAAACGAAGUCACACAGGCAAUAAAAAGGUUAAAAGCAGAUAAAAGUCCAGGACCAGAUGGCAUUACGAAUGAAGCCAUAAAGAUCGCCCACUCAUUACUGACUCUACCCUUAACAUAUUUAUUUAAUCACAUAUUAGAAACUGCUGAAAUACCAUCACAAUGGAAAGAGUCGGAAAUAAUUUUAAUUUACAAAAAAGGAGAUUCCAAGGAUAUUACGAACUACAGACCUAUAAGUUUACUGUCCUGUAUCUACAAACUAUUCUCUACCAUCAUAAACAACAGAAUAAGUACUACACUAGAAGCAAAACAACCAAUAGAGCAAGCAGGUUUCCGAAAGGGCUUCUCUACAAUCGACCACGUACAUACGUUGGAACUAAUCAUGGAAAUGUAUCAAGAACAACAAAGAGCGCUCUAUAUCGCUUACGUCGAUUAUAAAAAGGCCUUCGAUACCGUAUCACACUCAAGUAUAUGGACUGCUCUGAAGGCUCAGGAAGUGGAGAUAGAGUACAUACAAAUAAUCAAAAAUAUUUACAAUAACAGUACAGCUAGAAUAAAACUAGAAAGUACUGGUCCUACAUUUUCUAUCGAAAGAGGAGUUAAACAAGGAGACCCGUUAUCGCCAAAAUUAUUUAUAUCUAUUCUAGAGUCAAUAAUUAAAAGACUAGAUUGGGAAAAAACAGGGCUCUAUAUUAACGGCAAACACCUAAGUCACCUUCGCUUCGCAGAUGACCUAGUGCUCUUUUCGGAAUCCAGCCUACAACUACAAAUUAUGCUUGAUUCACUGAAUGCUGCCAGUAAACAAGUAGGACUGGAAAUGAAUCUCUCCAAAACAAUGGUUAUGACAAACAGCAAAAUAAGAAAAAUAUCAGUGGACAGUGAAAAUUUGAAAUAUACAGAUAAAUACAUCUAUCUCGGAAAACAAAUCGGAUUCGACAGGAAAAAUAACGAAUUAGAAGUAGAGCGAAGAGCACAAAAUACUUGGAAUAAAUACUGGUCUUUAAGCGAAAUAUUUAAAAGCAGCAUGCCAAUUUAUAUCAAAACAAAAGUAAUGACAUCAUGCCUCCUGCCAUGCUUAACCUACGCAUGUCAAACUUGGAAGUAUACAUCGAAAAUUAAAAACAAAAUUAUUACUUGCCAACGUGGAAUAGAACGAAGCAUGCUUAACAUUAAAAAAAUUCAAAAAAUUCGUCACACAAAAAUUAGAAAUAUCACCAAAGCCAAGGAUGCCUUAACUUACGCUAAAACACAAAAAUGGAAGUGGGCAGGGCACGUAGCAAGGCUAAAGGACGAGAGAUGGACUAGCAGGGUAACGAAAUGGAAGGGCCCACUGGGAAAGCGUCGGAGAGCGAGACCUCAUGCCAGAUGGGCAGACGACAUAAUAAAAGUAGCGGGGCCCUGCUGGCCACAAAUAGCUCAGGACAGAGAAAAAUGGAAAUCUUUAGAGGAGGCCUUCACCUUCACCUAAGAGGAGGGGUUCGUGCAACAACCAAAAAAAAAAGAAAACACAUAAUAUAUAAUUCAUAUUACUUUUUAAAUUAAUCUUAGUUUUUUCUCACCUUAAAAAUGUAAU